CUUAGAGUCGCAGAUUCUUAAGGGGUGUGCGUCUUCAGUUUGCCUACCUAGUUUACAAAACGCCAUUAACAUCCCUGUUAAUUUUAUUAUGUAUUAUCUUUCUCACGACAAUCUAAGGUUGAUGGCUGUGAUAUUCAAAGUGUAGUCUGUGGACCCGCAGCAUUAGCCUUAUCAGGGCGCUGGUUAGAAAUGCAGUCCUCAGACUUCCAACCCAGACUUUCUGAAUCAGAAACUCCGGGUGUGGGGCGGGGGUUCAGAAUCUGCGUUUCCAAAAAUUCUCCAACUUUCUAUAAAAUUUAAGUGUGGUUAAUCUAUGAUCUAUUAGGGUGGCAUCUGGCUGGCUUCCGCAGUCUGCGAGAGAAUGAACAGCAGGCUCCGAAACACGAGUUAACUGUGCAGGAACCAGCGGGCAGCGCGCGCGCCCUCCCCCAAGGCACCCUUUCCGCGCUGGCAGCCGGCGCCCCGAUGCCCCAGCAAGGUGGGGAGGAGCGGCCGAACGGGGCGGGCCGCAGCCUGGCGUCCCCGCCUCCCAAGUUUUCGGUCCGCCGCGUCGCGCCGUCCUCUUCCUUCCAGCUCUCUAUUUUCCUUCCUUCCUUCCUUCCUUCCUUCCACCGGGCGCGAUGGAGCCGGGGCGCCGGGCGGCCGCGGCGCUGCUGGCGCUGCUGUGCGCUGGGUGCUCGCUGCGCGCUGGGCGCGCCCAGUACGAGCGCUACAGUUUCCGCAGCUUCCCGCGGGACGAGCUGAUGCCGCUCGAGUCGGCCUACCGGCACGCGCUGGACCAGUACAGCGGCGAGCACUGGGCCGAGAGCGUGGGCUACCUGGAGAUCAGCCUGCGGCUGCACCGCCUGCUGCGCGACAGCGAGGCCUUCUGCCACCGCAACUGCAGCGCGGCGCCCCUGCCCGAGCCUGCCUCCCGCUUCGCCGGCUAUCCCGAGUUGCGCCUCUUCGGGGGCCUGCUACGCCGCGCGCACUGCCUCAAGCGCUGCAAGCAGGGCCUGCCAGCCUUCCGCCAGUCCCAGCCUAGCCGCGACGUGCUGGCGGACUUCCAGCGCCGCGAGCCUUACAAGUUCCUGCAGUUCGCCUACUUCAAGGCAAAUAAUCUCCCGAAAGCCAUCGCAGCCGCUCAUACCUUCCUGCUGAAGCAUCCUGAUGAUGAGAUGAUGAAGAGAAACAUGGCGUAUUACAAGAGCUUGCCUGGUGCUGAGGACUACAUUAAAGACUUGGAAACCAAGUCAUACGAGAGCCUGUUCAUCCGAGCAGUGCGGGCGUACAAUGGCGAGAACUGGAGAACGUCCAUCACAGACAUGGAACUGGCCCUUCCUGACUUCUUCAAAGUCUUUUAUGAAUGUCUUGCGGCCUGUGAGGGUUCCAGGGAGAUCAAGGACUUCAAGGAUUUUUACCUUUCCAUAGCAGAUCAUUAUAUAGAAGUUCUGGAAUGCAAAAUACAGUGUGAAGAGAACCUCACCCCAGUUAUAGGAGGCUAUCCAGUGGAGAAAUUUGUGGCUACCAUGUAUCACUAUUUACAGUUUGCAUAUUAUAAGUUGAGUGACCUGAAGAACGCAGCCCCCUGUGCAGUCAGCUACCUGCUCUUUGACCAGAAUGACAAGGUCAUGCAGCAGAACCUGGUGUAUUACCAGUACCAUCGGGACAGAUGGGGUCUGUCAGACGAGCAUUUCCAGCCCCGACCAGAAGCAGUUCAGUUCUUUAACGUGACUACCCUCCAGAAGGAGCUGUAUGACUUUGCUAAGGAAAAUAUAAUGGAUGAUGAUGAGGGAGAGGUUAUAGAAUAUGUGGAUGACCUCUUGGAACUGAAGGAGACCAGUUAAUCCACAGCAACCAAAGAGACUCUUCUAGAUGUUCAGGAAACACCUUUGUCCUCCUUCUCCUGACAGCCCAGGUUGUUGAUACCUCAGAGCCUUCUCUUUACUAUAUAAAGCAAAAGGGAAGCCCCCUUUUUCUCCUUACGUGCAUCCCCAUGUUCACACCUGUCUUCCCCCCUGUUCACACCUGCCUUCCUCAUGUUCUCACCUGCCUUUCUCACCAUUUUGGUUUGAAAGACAGUCUUCCAUGGUUUGUUUUUUCCUCAGAAAAUCAGUAUUAUUUUUUAAAUAAGAAAAACAUUUCUAAAAGA